UCGCGUCAGCAUGGCUGCCGCAUCAGCUGUUUUGUGGUUUUGCAAGCAUUAGUUUUUAUUACUUCUUAGUUCGUAUUUUAAAGAGUGAAAGUGUGUCUAUAGAUUACGUUUGGUUAACGAGUGCAUAGUAAAUGUGCAGUACUGUUUUUCAAAGAUGGGAAAGGUCCUAACCUCUUCGUUGCGUUUCGUUCCAGCAAACACAGCCAGAGUAAGCCUCCACCCUAGCCUGCCCCUCGAAGCCCCGCCAGCGUAGCAGCGCACUUUGCUGCAAUGCCAUAGCCCACGCGCACCUCUGCUCGCCCGCCCUCCUACCCCCGUCGGCGGCGGCGCGGGCAGAGGCCCCCAACAACAAGAGCAAUAACAACAGGCACCACGUGGAGCGCGCGGCGCCCAGGCGGCGCGGUGGGGCGGGGCGGCCGGAGCGGCACGCUGGCUGGCGCCGCCGGCCGCGCUCAGUCGACUGAGGGAGUCGGGCGGGAUGGUAAGGGCCCAAUGGCGAGCCGCAGCCGCACCGCCGCUCCACCCGGCGUCUCGCCUGCCCGCCGCGCACGCCCACGCGCUCCACCCUCGACGACGACGACUGCCAGCAGCAGCCUCGCCCUCGACGGCGACCUCCACGACACCCCCGGCCACGUCACGUCCUCGUCGACGGGCUCCCUUCGCCGCCGCUGUCAUCCGUCGCGUCGGCGGGAUGCCGUGGGCGCCGUCGUCGGUGUCCUCGUCGGCGUCCUCGUGCUGGUCGGGGUGCUGACGGCGCCCGUGGCCGCCAACAAGAGCCACCUCGUCGAGAAGCCCGUCAAAGUGCUGGAUAACCCCAAGUUUCACGCACCCAUCGUGAACGAGACUGCCCCGCUCGGCAGGGAGGCCGUCCUCACCUGCCUGGUGGAUGACCUCGGCAUCUACAAGGUCGGCGACAGACAGCUUUUAGGUCUUCAUUAA